AUGAUAUCCUUCCUUUCUCAAUCAUUCUCUUCAUUCCAUCUCAUUAUCUACAAUUACCCUCUCCUCCCUCAUCCUCCAUCCCUCCUCCCUCCAUCCCUCCCUCCUCCUCCUCCUCCUCCUCUCCUCCCUCCAUCCCUCCUCCUCCUCUUCCCGCUCUCCAAGAUCCCAGAAUACUGCCAAAGACUAGACGAACAAGAUGUAUUGGACAAUGCCUUUGACCUCAUCUUUGCCUUUGAUGAGAUCGUUGCCCUGGGAUACCGAGAGAAUGUGGAACCUGGCCCAGAUACGGACCUUCACGGAGAUGGACAGUCACGAGGAGAAGGUCUAUGA